AUGCCGGAACAAAAUCAAAACGCUAGGAGACUUGAACAACAUUUUGCCCUCAUCUAUAUUGACCGUGAAGGAAAAAUUUGCCAUAAGACGUCUCCUUCCAUCUCCGAUAGCGCCCGUGCUAUUCUGAUUUCGGAGUUUCUAAAGGCGGUGGCAGAAUCGAAUGAAGGCGGCUUUCCAACUCCUGCUCUGAAACUGCCGGACAGCCAGUCUCUGAUUUCGCCAUCAUCAUCGCUAGCGCCUACAGCUCCUGGAGCAGCAAAACUAGGGACAGGUUUGCAACGUGGAAGAGGAUUGUGGACCGAAGAGCAUAGUUUCGAUGUUCAAACGGCCAAAAUCUCAGUCAAUAACAAAGGGUUUCUCCGUCAAUACUAUGAGAAGGUCUUUCAGAACUUACAGCAAACGAAUUGCCGAGUUAUUGCCAAAGCCUACAUAAAGCUCGUCGAGCCUCGCAAGCAAAUUCAAUAUCCCUACAAUGGAAGGAAGGCAGUGGCAGGCAAAACACAGCAAUUCAGUCCUGAAGAGACCAAACCGCCGUGGUGGCCACUUGGUGUGAGCCACCGGGAACCCGACCAUCUUCCUAAAGCUGAGCGCAUCGCACUUCUCAUCCAUAUCCUAUGCGAAUUAUGCACCAGCCACGGAAUCACCGCGCAGAAACUGAAAGAAGCAGGACAGCCGAUUCAACAACACAUUUCUCCGAUCGAACGAUUAAAACUACUGGACGAGCUAUACUUUGUGAGAGAGAAGGAGGAAAAUUUUCUAGAUGCAGUAACCGAUGGGAAUGAAAGAGUUUUGAUUGCACGAGCGAACCUACCUCAAUACAUGGUUUCGCCUGCAGACAAAAUUAUUCGGGCAAAAAGAGGUCUCAGGCGGAUGAUUCCUUUGAAGGUGCCUGUCGACCCAUAUGCUGUCGUGAACACCUCUACACAGCGACAUCUUCUCAUGCAAUCUGGUUUGAAAUCUUCAUUGUCGCCUGAAUCGCCUCGAGAUCUAAAACGAAAGCGUCUGUGUGCUGAGGAUGACAAUCCUCCCCCAAAGUUUUCUUCUAUGAACUACUCCUACUCUUUUCCUAUUGCGUGUCAUUCUCUAUUACCAGAUGGCUACAUGCCUAUACCAGAAUUCCAGGAUCAAGGGGAUUGGAUUGGAUAUCAUGGGAUAUUGGGGUGGAGUACUGAGUUGGGAGUUUCAAAGAGUUUCGUGUAG